UUUCCUGCCAAUCUGUCCAAUCAGUUUACUGACAAAGUGGAAGUCGAUUGCAACGUCCUCAUACAAAACUGUGAGUGAGUCAAAGUUGUGGUGUGUGGGGGGGGGCGCAGCGAAGAAGCCGACAACUUUUUUUAGCCAAGUUUCUCGUCGACGGUUUGAAGUUGGUGGAAAUCUUCCCGAAACAAACCAUAAUGUCACCAGGCGGUUGGACGUGACCGGGGCGAUACGGUAUGGAAAGCUAACACUACACUGUGCCUCUGUGCUGGGCGGCCACGGGUGUCAGACCCUGGUGUGUGACUGACUGACAACACCGACCACCGCUGCUGUUACUCCUGCUGCUGCUCCGGUGGAAUAUGUCUAGCAUGCCACGCAGGCAGCUAACUUCUCCAAAGCCAAGAAAACUUUGCCUUCAAAUCAGAAGUGGCCCUCGCAGUAUAAGACUGUGACAUUUGAUUUAUUUCACCGUGGAUUUUCCCUUUCUUUCUUUUUUUUUUUUUUUGUAACCAAAAAAGAAAAUCAGAGAAAAUGAUGAAGGUUCGGAGAUACUUAAGGGGGAGUGGGAGGGUACUCGCAUUUGUGUUCAUUGCCUCUGUCAUUUGGCUGCUGUUUGACAUGGCUGCACUUCGCAUAUCGAUAAACGAUGUGAACAGUCAGCUGCUGAAGGAGCGAGUGAUAAAAGAGAGGGAGAUUUUCAAACAGCAGCAGUCCAGGGUGACACAGCUAAUGAAAAGGGGCUUUAAAAACCCAGUGCAGAGGGUGGACUUGGCUGUCACACAUGCGGGCAAAGGACCACUUAGUUCAGGUGUCAGACUUGCUCAAGUGUACAGACAGGGAGGCAGGAAACAGGACCAAAUGUUGAGGGACAACCAGGGAAACUCUUUCCAGCAACAGGCAGAUAAUCUUCCCAAGGCUGAUCACUCUAAAUCUGUAGUUUCUGAACAUCUGGAGGGAGCUGCCCUGCAAAAUGUCACAUCAAAGCACGGUGACCUCGCAAAGAAAAAGGCGGUAAACUUGGAUCUGAAUGGGGCAAAAUCAGAGGUACCUGAGGUACUGUCUCACACAACUCAGGCGUCACCAGGUAUUCAGAAAAACAAACUUGCUCCACUGCCAACCUCAAGGAAAGAACCAGUUAAAACUGGAGAUGAUGGACAAAUCCCUCUGGACAAAACGGACCCAAAGACAAAGGAAAAAGUCAAGGAUGAACUUACCAAGACUGGAGCAAAGGUGACCCAGCAUCAGACCGAAGAUGCACACCCCGUUAAAACAACGCCCACACAUCCCAAUAAGGAUGUAAAAGAAAAGGAGAUAAAUAUUCAUAAAGAGAAGAAACAGGUCGGGACAAUUGAGAAAAGUGAUCUUCAUGCAACAAAGGAAGUCCCAAAAUCUGUAAUCAAGCUGGGAGCGGGAGAGGACUCAAAGGAUAACGCCACUGCUGUCAGAAAACCAGGUGUCCACAAAGUGCUUUCUCUGGACAUGACUCUCGCUCCCAGAGAUGCCAACGCGGUGGGCCAGUUUGGUCAGGCAGCACUCGUCGCCAGCCACGAAGAUGCAGAGGUGAGGAAGAGAUGGGACGAAGGGCAUUUUAAUGUCUACCUGAGUGACCAGAUCCCGGUGGACCGUGCCAUCCCAGACACCAGGCCUGAGACGUGUGCACAGAACCUGGUCCACGACGACUUGCCUUCCACCAGUGUGAUUUUCUGUUUCGUGGAUGAAGUGUGGUCCACGCUCCUCCGCUCUGUGCACAGCGUGCUCAACAGAUCUCCACCACACCUCCUCAAGGAGAUCAUUCUGGUGGAUGAUUUCAGCACCAAAGACUACUUGAAGGAGCCACUGGAUGAGUACAUGUCCCAGUUUCCCAAAGUGCGAAUCAUUCGCCUGAAGGAGCGUCAGGGUCUGAUCAGGGCCAGGCUGGCCGGAGCUGCUGCUGCCAAAGGUGAGGUUCUUACCUUCCUUGACUCCCACGUUGAGUGUAACGUGGGCUGGCUGGAGCCGCUCUUAGAGAGAGUCUAUCUGGAUCGGAAGAAGGUGCCUUGUCCAGUCAUUGAAGUCAUCAGUGAUAAGGACCUGAGUUAUAUGCUGGUUGACAACUUCCAAAGAGGUAUUUUCAAAUGGCCUUUGGUGUUUGGCUGGAGCGCAUUACCGGAGGAGUACAUUAAGAAGAACAACAUGACCAUCUCAGAUCCCAUCAGGUGUCCAGUUAUGGCCGGAGGCCUUUUCUCCAUAGACAAAAAAUACUUCUAUGAGCUUGGUGCCUAUGACCCUGGCCUGGAUGUAUGGGGUGGGGAGAACAUGGAGAUUUCAUUUAAGAUCUGGAUGUGCGGAGGGGAAAUCGAGAUUAUCCCCUGCUCUCGAGUGGGACACAUUUUCCGAGGACAGAACCCAUACAAAUUCCCCAAAGACAGGCAGAAGACAGUUGAGCGUAACCUGGCAAGGGUGGCUGAGGUCUGGCUGGACGAGUACAAGGACCUCUUCUACGGCCACGGCUACCACCACCUGCUGGAUAAAAGUGCCAUCGACAUCGGCAACCUCACCGAGCAGAUCGAGCUGAGGAAGAAGCUCAAAUGCAAGAGCUUCAAGUGGUACCUGGAGAAAGUUUAUCCAGACAUGGUUGCUCCUUUAGUCAAAGCUGAAGGCCUGGUUUUCAAUCGCGGCUUAAGAAAAUGCCUCGCUCUGCAGAAAGGCUCUCUGUCCUUCGAGACAUGUGAUCUCAGUAAGCAGAGUCAGCUCUUUAACUACACCUGGAUGAAGCACAUACGCCAGCAGGACCUGUGUGUCGCUCCCCAAGACAAGGGCAGCGGCUUUGCUCUACAAUUAUGUGACAACACCAAGCCUGAACUCCGCUGGUUCCACAAAUCCUCCAACUCAGCUCUGGCGGAGCACCUCAUAACAGAAUUUGUUUCCCACCACAUGUGCCUGGAGGCGGGGCCUCAGGGUGACUCUCUUCACCUCAGCCCAUGUGUGCCCAACAACGCCUUCCAGAAGUGGCAGUUCACACACUACCACGCUCAGUGAUGAGACGGAUUGUGACUUUACUUCACCUUUUACAUGUUUAAACGUGCACUACAGAGACCUCCAGUGGCCUCACUUUACAGAAUGGUCUGUGGUCCAACCUCAAAACACAGGACUUGUCUGGACUUGGGAAGUGGGAGACGCUUUGGUGGCAGUGAUAUGGGUGGUGUAAAGGAGAUGGGUGGGGAUGUGCAAUGUUUCUAAUGUCCUUUUAAUUCGUCAGCAGGGACUGACCUUGAGUUUAAACAUGUACCAGAGAAAAGAGAGAGAAUAUUUCUCUGAUCUUUUUCACUGGUACUUGGGGAAGAGUGGCUGAGUUUUUUUUUUUUUUUUUUUUUUUACUGGGCUACAACUUUAGCACAACAUAUCAUUUCAUUGCCAAAGAAUAAAAAAAAAAAAGGUUAAACAGUGCCUCAGAUUUGAAAAGUAAAGAGAGUUUGUGCUGACUGAGUUAAAUAAUGAGAUAAAUUGCAUGUCAAGUAGAAUUUAUUCAUUUGUAUAAAACGUAUCACAUAUUUUCGGCGAGACAUCUACUUUUCUAGGUGUCUUGUACUUUAUGUUUGAUGAGAUGCUUGGAUGAAAUGGCUGCUUCUCUGGUUUUUAGUGUUUUAUUGAGGUGUAGGUUUUGUCUCUUUGUAUGAUUCUUUUUUUUUUGUCACUAGGGGGAAGUGUUGGUUCAAAACACCCAAUAAACCUGUGCUGUGAUUUCAUGAUUUUGUGAUCUGUUGUCAAACCCUUUAACCACAAACUGAUGGAAAUGCAUUUCCUCAACAAUUA